AUGCCGGGCCGAUUGAUCCCCAACUUGCUUCGGAACGCAAGUUCUCUACACUCUUCUGUCACCUCGACUCCUAAUCACUCCAACUCCUCAUCGACCGUUUCCGUGAACGAGAUCCCCGGCGCAAAGAAGCCGGCACACAACCACCAUGACCGCGCACGAUCCCCCGAGCGUCGCCUUUCAUUCUCUAUGGACCACCUGAUUCACCCCCACCGAGACCACAGCAAAGACAAGCGCCGCAGCCUCGGCCGCGCUGGACGAUCCAAGGAGCGUUCAGGCCAUGACUUGCCUCCCGCUGCUGCGCAGCUCGAGGUUAAGGUUGAGUCACCCCCACUGGUCUGCUACGGCCCUCCCGCCAGCUCGACCGGCGCACUAUUCUCUGGCCGUCUGCGUGUGAAUGUUUCUGAAGUUAUUGGCGGAGUGACUCUGAGUCAAUUCGAUGCCCGCCUCAUCACCAAAACGAGCACCAAGAAGCCCGUCUCAAAUCACUGCGCUAACUGCGCCACUCGCACCGAGGAACUGACUCAGUGGAACUUUAUCUCUGAGGACCUUCACUUGGACAGUGGAGAGCAUGAGUUCCCCUUCAGUUACCUCUUCCCCGGCCAUCUCCCAGCUUCUUGCAAUGGCGCCCUCGGCCAAAUUGAAUACUUCCUGGUGGCGCAUGCCAAGAGCAUUACCGGCGAGGAAUACUCUCUUAAGCUGCCCAUCAACAUUCGUCGCUCUCUUCUGCCGGGCAACGACAAGUCUUCUAUCCGCAUUUUCCCUCCCACCAAUCUCACCGGCCGCAUCGUUCUUCCUUCCGUUGUUCACCCUAUCGGCAAGUUCCCCGUGGACAUGACCUUGAGCGGAGUCGUCGACAAGGGCGAAGAGACCCAGACCCGCUGGCGCCUACGCAAGAUGAUGUGGCGUAUUGAGGAACACCAGAAGAUUGUCUCGACUGCCUGCCAAAAGCACUCUCACAAGAUCGGUGGUGAGGGCAAGGGUGUUCUGCACCAGGAAACUCGCAUCAUCGGCCACAACGAAGAAAAGACCGGCUGGAAGACCGACUUCGACACUGCCGGCGGAGAGAUCAGCAUGAACUUCGAGGCCAACAUCAACCCAGCUGCCAACGCCGUCUGCGAUAUGGAGGCCCCCAACGGCCUGGAGGUCAAGCACAACCUGGUCAUUGAACUCAUCGUGGCCGAGGAGUUCUGCCCCAACCGCAACACUCGUUUGAUCACUCCUACCGGUGCCGCGCGUGUCCUUCGCAUGCAGUUCCACCUCCACGUCACCGAGCGUGGCGGUCUUGGCAUCAGUUGGGACGAGGAGAUGCCUCCUGUCUACGAGGAUGUUCCUGCCAGCCCUCCCAGCUACACUAAGCCCGACGCUGCCCACAGCUACUUCGAGGACUACCACGGCUCCCCGCUGCCACUUCCCGACUACGAGGAUCUAGAGCGCAUGGAAUCCCUACGAUUGGACAGCGACUCUACCCACUCAUCCAAUCGAUCAACUCACAGCUCUUCUCGUGGCCUGCGCUUUACUUCCGACGACCUCGUCACGGGAGAAUCGCCCGCUCCUUCUCCUCUCCCGUCGCGCACCCCCUCUCGCGCUCCCUCAGUCGAUUCAUCCCGUCAUUAA